AUGGGCAUCGCUCGGUGGAGAUAUGUCUUGAAGUACUCCCUUAACAACCCGAAGUACUUGAAAGGCAAUCGGUUUGUGCUCUCAAAUGGACAUACCUGUCAAUUUAAGGACACAUUUCUUGCAGUGUACAAGGACAUGACAUUGAGCCGCUCAAGUCGUACCACUCCACACGCCCCUCUGGCCGGGCCACCCGAGACUGAAAUCGAAGGAAUCAAAGUCACGACUGACCCCUUCGGUCAGGGCGUGGCUAAGGCCGUCGGUCUGGCAAUUGCUAUGAAGAAACUGGCGGCCACCUACAACCGACCAGGCUACAACCUAGUCAACAAUGUCACCUGUUGCAUAACCAGAGACAUCUGCUUGCAAGUGGGUGUGUGUUCUCGAGGUGGUCCACUUACGGGAUACUGGAAGCUAAACAAUCUCGCUGUCCCCUACGCCAAUCACCAAAUGACGUGUGACGUCAGCAUCGACCUGCUGCGUGCCUAUGGCUGGGACGUCCUCGAAGCUGCCGACUGCUGCUUCGAUGUGGAGGAGCUUGUCAAGGCGCUCCUCCAAGCCGAGGAGUCACAGGAGUCACAAGACAAGCCGUCCGUCGUUUGCUAG